CUCUUGGUGCUGUUCUCCAGGUUGUUGUCUUGCGCUUUGUUAGCUAUGAAGCCCUUUACCUUUAUCUUGCCUCUCGGGCUCUUUUUUGCCUCUAUUGCCACGGCCGACGUACAACUUGAACUCGUGGAAGUCCGGUGGCUCGAUGGAAGGCCAUCCCGGACAGAAACGUUUGAUCUAGCCUACAGCAAUUCUUCUCUGCUGCCUAAAGAUCAACCUUGUACACAGCUGCCGUACCUGACGCGCGAGGUGACCUUGUUGACCGAUGGACUCCCCGGGCCGACAACGUGCUGGCUCUACUCCCAAUACUGCCACGAGUCGAUAGAUCGUGUUACCAGCGCGAACCCCAGUAAAAACAUGACCAACGCGGCGGUUUUUGCUGCCCGAUGCUAUCUCAAUGAGUAGGGCCGGGUAAGAGACAAUAUGCUGUGAUUCCGCUAGGGUUGGGUUGGACUUUAGCAGUUCUCGAAAUUCUCGAUAAAUAGAGCUUGAAUCCAAGUCUUGACCGGACAUUUUUGUCCCA